UCCCUCCCUCCCAUCGCCCGCAUUGCGUUUGCGUUGCGUCGCCUCCACUUCACUCUGAUCCUUCCUGGCAGCCAUGGCGGGGGCGAAACAGCCUCUCCGCUGCCGCAUCCCGGCGCUCCUCGCCGCCGUCUUGGCCACCGCCCUGCUCCUGUUCUCUCCGGCAGCGGGGGCGGUGGAGAAAGGGUCGAACAGGUCGUCGUUGUUCGGGCAGCCGAGGCAGUGGGCCACGGGCAAGGACGAGGGGGAGAUUCUCGCUGAGGCCGAAGCUCGCGGCAGCGGCGGAGGAGAGGAGUCGGUGACGGGGGACCAGGGGCGCGAGUUCGAUUCGCUGGAUGGCAUGCUGCAGUGGGCGAUUGGGAACUCUGACCCGGAUAAGUUGAGAGAAAAAGCUGCAGAAUUGGAGAGGUUAUCAGCGGAUGAGUUACUCAAGCGGCAGAUGGAGAUUAAGGAGCUGAUGGAGAAGUUAAAGAUGCCAUCAGAUGCUGACUUGAUGAAGAUUGCUAUUGCUGACUUAAAUAAUUCCUCUGUUUCUCUGGAGGACCGCCAGCGUGCACUGCAAGAGCUUUUAGUUCUCGUUGAGCCCAUCGACAAUGCUAAUGACCUUGACAAACUUGGAGGCCUUCUUCCGUUGAUUCAGGAACUUAACAACACAGAUGAAGGAAUAAGGACUACAUCAGCAUGGGUGCUGGGUAAAGCCAGUCAGAAUAAUGCUCUUGUCCAAAACCAGAUCCUUGGUUAUGGAGCAUUGGAAAGAUUAGUGAACAUGGGUUAUUCCAGUUCUGCAGCAGAAGCUGCAAAGUCAUUGUAUGCUAUAUCCUCUUUGAUUAGGGACAAUGAACAUGGCCAGGAGCUCUUCCUUUCAGAAAAUGGGUAUGCAAUGUUGCAGCACAUACUGUCAACAGCUAGCACCAAUAUCCGGCUUCAGAAAAAGGUCGUGUCUUUACUGGCAUAUGUAGCUGACUUUCAGCUAAGUGCAGGAAAGUCACAGGCUCCAUUCUUAAGCAAUCACCUUUUCAUAAAAUCUGUAGUUGACAUGAUAUCAGCUCCUGACCUUGACCUUGAGGAGAAGGCUUUGUUAGCUGUUAGGAGUCUGCUGCAGCUUACUUCAGCUGAUGCCUCAGAUCUUCAGAAGUUUUCAGGCCUGGAUGGUACCCUGGACGCAUUGAGAGUACAAUUGGACGAGUUGACAUCCCAAGAGGAACGAAGAGAGUAUGCUUUGGAAGUUGAAAUCCUGCGGAGAGAAGUCCAGAUCAUGUUCCAACAGAAAUUCAAUCAGGUAUUGCAACAUCAAAUGAAAAAUGACAAAUGAAGGCAAAUAUAAACACUUGAGUUUCAUGGGAUCGUGGACAAUUGAUACAACGUCACAAAACAGUGACUGUAUCGCCUAUCGAAUUACUGAAGAAAGAACUGCAAUGGAACCAAUUUCACUGCCAUUCCUGCUUCGUGUCCUUAAAACGUUUCCUAAAUCAUAAUACACCCAUUGGUUGCUGCUGCUGUUCAUAUGCAAAUACUCGAAGUUGGUACUGAGCCUAAAGCUAUGGUUGCGUAUGGCAAUAGCUGUGAUUUAACGGCUUCCUGUUUACACGAAAUUUUGCUCAAGUUCUAUCAUACA